UUUCUUAUGAGUCGUGGAAGCAACCAUUACGGUGAAUUAGCUAGCUUACCAUACAACAGAGAUUUUGAACCCAGACCCACAAGAGGUACCUCUCUGCAGCCAAGAGCCAAAAGAGAUUCCAGGAGACAACAAAGGCACGGAGGCAUGGUCCCAUCCAGCGGGGAUGGGAUCUUUGGAGAACUAAUGGGCAUGCAUCAGAACACCAUGAAAGAAUUUGACAACAUGCAUAAGGAUAUGUUUGGCUCUAGUUUUGGCAAGAUGGACAGCUUAAUGAAGAACGACCCUUUCUUCAGUGAUAGUGGUAUUGAUUCUAUGUUUAAAAACUCCUUCUCGAAAGCGAACUCGAUGAUGAACCAGAUGAUGGAGAGUGCCAAUUCCAUGAUGAGAGGAAAUAUGGAUACCUUUGGCUCAGCAGGUGGUAAAGGCAAAUUUAUGCAACAGAAGUUCGUCAGUUCUACAAAAAUGGGCCCUGAUGGAAGACCAGUCAAAGAAAGCUACCAAACUAAAACAAAUGGAGUCUAUGGUGGAAGCAAAAAGCCAGAAAUUCUAGAAAGAAAACAAAUGUACCAAAAUUCCCAAACUGGGUAUGAGAAAGCUGCUGUUGAGAGAAUGUAUCAAGGUAAAGGAAGAAAGGUAGUCUAUGAAAAUGAAAAAGGCACUGGUGCAAAGAACUCAUAUAAUUAUUACAAAAAUAUGAAAGAAGAUGAUGCCCCAGAUUUUGAUAGAGAAUGGGACUCUGCAGCGAAGAGGUUUGGACUAAAUUCUGGUCCCAAAGCCUUACCAUUUGGAUCUGGUGCUCCGAAGCAAUAUCAUAGAAGCAAAACUGAUUAUGGAUAUGGUGAUUCUUCUUAUAUGGAUGAAAGAAAAAGAGGCCACUAUGUCUCAGAUAGACUUAAAGGUCCAGAUAUGCCAGUAAAUAUGAGUAGAGAACCUCCAACUCAUAUCGAAAGAUUGAGACCUGCAGACACAGGACACAGACUUGACAUCCCUAACAACAGAGAUUCAGGCCCAGCCAUCGCUCUCCCAUCAAACGACAACAGAGACCAAGCUAACAGACUCCCUGCCAGGAACAACUACACUGGCCCAGUAAACUCAAGAGCUCCCAACAGAAGAAGCAAGCCUGCAAGGAUUGCUUAG